AUGACCCUCAAAUAUCUCAUUACCGGAGCUACAGGCGGUCUUGGCAAAGAAGUCCUCGCCUACUUCGAAGCCAACCGUCCCUCCUCAGAAUAUGCGGCCGCUUCCUCGAGGGAGUCGAAUCGGAAACAAUUCGAAGAACGAGGAAUUGCCUUUCGCCAUGUAGACUAUGAUGACCCGCGCACGCUCGAUGCCGCGUUUCCGGGCGUCGAGAACCUCUUCUUUGUCAGCACUAAUGUCUUUGACAAUGAGAAGCGCAUCAAGCAGCAUCGGAAUUUCGUGGAGGCUGCCAAGAGAGCGGGGGUUAAACACUUCACUAACCAUUCCAGGUCGGGACUCACAUUCACCUCGAUUCGCGAAGGAGUCUACGCCGAUGCAUUCCCGCUGUUUAUCAACUGGUAUCCUGACACCACCACCGUGUCCCUCCCCGCCGACGGACGCUGCGCUUUCACCCUGCGAAAGGAACUCGGCGAGGCCAACGCCCGAUUGAUGCUCCAGGGUGGCCACGAGAACGAGAUCGUCCUCCUGACCGCAGGGGAGACCAUCAGUUUCGCCGAGACGGUGGAUGUCAUUAACGAGACGACGGGGCGGAACGUCCGAUUCCAGAUUGUCUCGCCGGAGGAGUAUGUCCGCUUGAGCGCAGCAAACGACCAGGGAGGCAAGCCCGCCGAGUUCUUCCAGGCGCUGGUGAGCUGGUACGACAGUGUUGCGCAGGGGGAAAUCAGCCAUACCCAUCCGUUGAUGAAGGAGGUGCUGGGGCGGGAGCCCACCACGCCGCGGGAGGCGAUUCGGGGGUUUUUGCUGGAGAAUCGGGACUAUACAUGGCAUCAGAAUUAUGUCAAUAAGUAA